CUCACCCUCUGAGUCUCGGAGUUUGGCAGCCAUGGCGGCAAAGCUUAUGCAUGCGGUUCAGUACAAAAGCUAUGGUGGAGGACCUUUUGGUUUAAAGCAUGUUGAGAUUCCAAUCCCCUCUCUGAAGAAAGAUGAAGUUUUGCUGAAAACAGAAGCAGCUAGUCUGAAUCCAAGUGAUUUUAAAAUUCAGAAAGGCCUGGUGCGCCCUUUUAUCCCACGCAAAUUGCCUCACACACCUGUUACCGACGUAGCCGGAGAGAUAGUAGAGGUUGGACAAGGAGUCAAGAAGUUCAAAGUGGGAGACAAAGUUGUGGCAUUACUGAGCUUUGGUAAUGGAGGUGGACUGGCUGAGUUUGCUGUAGCUAAAGAGAAACUAGUAGUUGCUAGGCCUCCUGAAGUUUCGGCAGCUGAAGGUGCAGGCUUACCUAUGGCUGGUCUCACAGCUCACCAGGCUCUCACCAAGGAUGCAAUGAUCAAGCUUGAUGGAACUGGCCAGCUGAAGAACAUACUGAUUACUGGUGCCGCCGGUGGUGUUGGUCUCUAUGCAGUCCAACUAGCAAAGCUUGGAAACACUCAUGUUACAGCCACCUGUGGAGCUCGGAACAUUGAAUUGGUGAAGAGCUUAGGGGCAGAUGAGGUUCUUGACUACAAAACACCUGAAGGGGCAUCCCUGAAGAGCCCGUCAGGUCGAAAAUAUGAUGUUGUGAUCCACAGUGCAUCAUCAGCCAUUCCCUGGUCAGUCUUCGAGGCAAAUUUGAGUGCAAGAGGGAAGGUAAUAGACCUUACUAUUGGUGCAAGUAAUCUGUUUACUUUUGUUCUGAAGAAAAUCACUUUCUCCAAGAAGAAGCUGGUGCUACUGGCUAUAAGUGCCAAGGCUGAGAACUUGGAUUGUCUUGUUAAGUUGGCCAAGGAAGGAAAACUCAAGACAGUAAUUGACUCAAACUACCCUCUGAGCAAGGCUGAAGAUGCUUGGGCUAAAAGAAUCAAUACCCAAUGCACUGGGAAGAUCAUUGUGGAGCCUUGAGUAGACAAAAUUUCCUAGGAUUGUAAACUUCAUGAAACUUUUUGCAAUUGUAGUAAACCUCAU